AAUGGUAUCCCAGGCCGAAGGUUACGCAGUACACGCGGGCUACAGCUACCACAAUAAGUGUCAUAAGUGCUACGUGUGCGACGAAACUGAUCUCCAUAAUGCUGAGGUGUUUAAAGGCGUUAUAUUUUGUUCGAGCUGCGCACAACGAAUCUUCCAGGGAUGCUCCACGGCUCGCAACACCAAAAGCGGAGACAAGGCGAGACGCGGGAGAUCACGGUCCAAGUCCAAGUCUAGGAGGCGGUCGCGUUCACCAGCUAAAACCGGACCACGUGCUAAGAACCCAAUUCCGACGGGCGUCAUCGAGUUGGCACACCUAGCUGCCUCUGUCAGCCGCAGCAGUGGACGCAUGGCCGAUUUGGACACAUUUGAUGACAGUAAAAAACUAGAAAUCACCACUGAAUUGGCGUUGCAAGUUGGGAAACGAAUUUACGAAGAACCAGUGGUUGAGAACGAUGCUUGGGAUCGCCUCAAAAAAGAUAGUGUAGAGAUUGGUGUAACUACGGAAGUCACCCAGGAUCUUCUUCGCCAGAUGAAAUGUCCAGUGGUUGAAAAUCGUGAGAAGAGGUACAAGUCGGCUUCACCCACGCGGGAGAAACGCAAGCGCAAUAGAAGCGAUAGCAAGCCUAUUCCCAUAUCUCGAGAUAAAUGCAGUGACUGGAGAAUAGCAGAAUUGGGAGAGUCGACAGAAAUAGCUAGUAUGGUGCUAAAGAAAAAAUCUGAAAUGCCAGUCAUUAUAAGAUCACUGAACCAAUUACAGAAGGAGCUAUCUCCCCACCCGUCGUGCCUGAAUCGUGAAUCGGAUGUCUCCGGGGAUAGCAACGAGUGGAGAGUCCAGUCUUCUUGUGGAGAAGAUUCUGAGAGAGGAACGGGGUUGAAAGAUAUGCGUGUUGGAAGUUUUUUGAAAAUUCCCAUAAGAUGUUUUAAAAGAAACAUUCUGAGGAGAAGUUCGAUCAUCGAUGUGAUGAUGAACAGUGAAGAUGAUAAGAAGUGA